CCCAAGGUAGCGCCGCCAGGAACCCUGCUCUCCGUUGGCUCGGCGCCCUCAUCCCCUACGUCAUUCCCGCCUCCUUCUCUCGCGCGGAGAGGGCGGCCAUCGGGGGCGCGAUGGGAGAGUUCCACGCCAGGACCUGCCUUCGCUUCGUCGCCCGCCAGCCGCAGCACAGGGACUACGUGCACAUUCUCAAGGGCGAAGGGUGCUCGAGCGCGGUGGGUCGGGCCGGCGGACUGCAGGUCGUCUCCCUCGGGCUGGGCUGCGUGCAUCACGGCGUGGUCGUGCACGAGUUCAUGCACGCCGCUGGCUUCUGGCACGAGCAGUCCCGGUACGACCGCGAUCAGCACGUCAUCAUCAACUGGAAGAACAUUAUCGGCGAUAUGAAAUACAACUUCGGUAAGAAAACCAACCGUCUGACGAGCGACUUGGGGCUCGACUACGACUACGCCUCCAUCAUGCACUAUGGGCCGCGCGCCUUCGCCUUGGACGCCUUGCUGCCCACCAUCAUACCCAGGGUGGCCGGGGUCGAGAUAGGUCAGCGUCGCGGCUUCUCGGAGCUCGAUGUCAAGAGCCUGAACAUCCUGUACCGCUGCGAUAAAGAUGCAACCACACGCCCACCGACGCCCACGGAGAAGCCAGGAGCCUGCGUGGACACCCACGCGGCCUGCCCCAAGUGGGCGGCGAGCGGCGUGUGCGUGAGCAGCCCCGUCUUCAUGUCGCGCACGUGUCGGAAGUCUUGCAAUCUGUGUGAUGAAAAGGUUGAGUGCGUGGAUACGAACAUCCACUGCGCGUGGUGGGCGGGGCAGGGCGAGUGCGAGCGGAACGCAGCUUACAUGUCCAGUUCCUGCCCCAGAUCAUGCGACGCUUGUGGAGUGUGGCCAGGGCCGUGCAAGGACCAACACGAAGACUGCAGCAAAUGGGCGGCCUGGGGGGAGUGUGGGCGUAACCCGGCUUACAUGGCCCGUAACUGCCGCUCCUCCUGCCGUCUGUGCGGAAAGCCACCCCAGGCGCCGGGGGUCUAGGGGUCACGUGCUGGGGACUGCGGUUCAGGACAACCUUGGUAUCCCUCAAGAAGCAUCUAUCGGUGUCCAAAUAUAUAAGCAUGUUUAUGUUAGAAUACACCUGU